AUGGCGCGUGUCAUGAGGACUGGCUCGGGUUCGGCCAGGCGGGCUCCGAGUCGGGUUGUUGAUAGGAGACCUCGGAGACAUAAGGUCAUUAUGGAGUCUGUGACCCAAGAAAAGAAGAAGCUUCGAAGUGUUAUCUGUUUUGAAGCGCAAGCACCAAGUGGCUAUACCUUCAUUCCCGCAGGAAACCCACAACUUACCACUGCAUGUAAGGAGCGAUGUCGAGAUGAGGGGCUUCAGAUUCAUGCAGUAUCGACUACCCCACACCAUCGCUCACACAAUCUGUCCCAGCACGUGCAUCGGAUAGGAUAUCAUUUUCCCAGUACUGUGGUGGCAGCUGUUUGCUCGGAGUUGGGGUUCUACCUCACAACCACCGGCAAAACAGUUCCCAUCUAUGCUAUUGCCAAGACAGAGGAUCACAGGCGGGCUGAUGCUGAUAUUUCUCAAGUAACCUUGAACACAGAAGCGCGGGAUGCCAUCAGAGAUCUCUUCCCAAACAUACCAGACGAAGAUUUGAAUCAGAUUAUCAAGACUGCGUUUCAAAAGGGCACUAAAAAAGUCGGGACGGCCACUGAAUUGCCUAUGGCCCGCAGAGCCCAAUUGGCUGUAGUUGCUCAUGUUCGACAUGUCUACACUGAUUAUGAUCGCCUCCUUAAAUUGACUUCAUUCCAUGAAGCAAGAGGCAAUGUUGAACACACAACCCUAGCAAAAGUCAUCGAAUGGCGAGGAGACGAUGAGAAUGGCCAAACAGUUCUGGAAGAUGUUUUCCGCGAGGUCAUCGUUAUCUCCGAUGAUGACGAUAGUGAAUCGGAAGAAGAUGCAGCUUCCACAGCAGCUCAACAAAACACUAGCGUGGAAAUACUUCCUAGCGAUCAUUGUGCGCAGGAAAUCAUGAGCCAACCCAUCAACAACGCGAAAGCUCUCGGUCAAGAUCAUCCGCGGGAGCUAUCCGAGGAAGCACCGCCUGGAUUCCGGUUUGUCACAAGAUCACCAGCGAAAGAUACCAUCAACCGUCGUGGUUUUAAUAGAUAUCAAGCAUGGAAUCGCGCCCUCCAGGAAUAUAGAGACGGUAUACAGGGCUCUGAACAACCUAGAUUUGCUGGUGCUCCAGCUGAAAAUGAAAGCUCACGAUACUCCGAGCAGCGCAUGACUGCUCAGGAAGCACCCGCUGCUAGAUCCCAGGAUAUAUUAUCCAAGCACGCGGGACCUCAUCGGCGAGUCGUUCCAGGCUCGGCCAGUAUUGAUAAACAAGCACAGCGAGUGCUCGCCAUUCCACUAAUGGAUCGACAGGUGGCUAAGGGACAUGUAGGUGUCCAGGAUAGCCAUAUUCACUCGGAUCACCAGCAGAAAUAUUCCAUGCAUGAGCUCAACACCAGGCCACUCAAACUAACCAGUCAGGAAUCCCCCGAGUUGCAAAUCUUAGAAGAAUUCUCUGGACCCAGAAAUAUGAAAAUGGCACCCUCGCAAGAUGGUCCACCCUUGAGAACAGAUGCUAGGUUCCGACGAGAAAGACUGCCUCCUCAGUCGGACAGGAUCAACGCACCUGUGUUCGUGAGAGGACCAAAGGAGAACCGUCCUCAAUUGACUCCAUCAGGACGCCAUCUUGAACCCGUCAGUUUACCUCCUCCCAGGUCGGAUUCAAACAUACAGGACUCGAUCUUGCCGUCAAUUGAAAAUUCCUGGCCAUCGGAAACCCGACGGGCUGAUGGCGCGCAUCCUUUGGUGCAUAUGACGAACAGAAUGUCACUCCGAUCGGUUACACCUGGACAUCUUCAUGGAGAGACCAUGCAUCACUCCGAGGUCAUCGAAACUGAAGGAGACAGCGGGCAAGCUAGCAAAAGAAGGCGUUUGACAUACCAUGAAGGUGCUCGACCUGAAUCCCGCCCAGGGCCAUGGAGUGUGAGGUCCAUUGGACUUCCCGUUUCCGGUGGAUUCGGGCCAAACUCUUAUCGUCGCGUUGAUUCCCUUCCAGAUCAUCGUCCACAGGACCAUCCUCAUUUCCGUCGGAAUUAUCACCCAGUGGAACAGUUUUCUCUCGUAGGACACCAGCGAGAAAGGAACACGAUCCCUUACCUCAACGGGCAGCGUACCCUUGAUACAAGGUCAGUCUUGGGUCGACAGCAUAUCAGUGGACCACGCGAGCCUCAAAAUCAAUACGGGGCUCCCAGUGCCAGUAUCCUUGUUUCGGAAGGCGACCGUACCUUCAGAGCUGCCCCAGCUGUUUCCAAUAUUGGACCUUGGCAUCCCUACCAUGGUGAUCGUAGUCUCCGUUCCGGCCGUGUUCCAAAAGAGUCGUGGGCCAUGCGUCGGACUCGCAUUGAUGGCGCCCACUCUUUACCAGAGAAAUUUCAACCAGACAGGAACAUGUAUGCCGAUGGCUUCGUUCGGCAUGUUGACCACCGUGAGCCCCCUCCAUUUGAAUACGUUGGCAGACGCCUGGAACCCGAGUGCAAGGCCAAUGGAGAGCUUUCUCAGCCUGCUCGGGCUAGGGAUCUUGAGUAUAUUGGCACAAAACAUUUGUCUCAGACACAUGUUUCGUCAGAUCAACACCGCCCACUGCCCAUAGGCUCGAAAGCGGCUCCUUCCCAUGAGCACGUUCGUACCUUUUCAGACCCUACCGCAGGCAAGAUUCAGCCUCGCGUGUCCCUCCCUCAGGUCCCCCGUGAAAUGCCAGUCAGUGGCGGGUUCACCUCCUUGCGCUCAUCGUACAACCACCCUCCAUCGACUCAGAGUCCGGAGCAAAACCGCCCAGUCUACGUUCAAAGGGUUGAACCACGCUCGCCCUACUAUUCCGUCCUCGAUGAAAGACCCAUUGUCAUCGUUGAUUAA